CUACCAGAUAUAAAGUAGAUUAUGAAAUAGAUGAAGAAGAAAAUACAGUUGAAGAAAAUACCUACCAUACUGAUGAGGAGCACAUUAACUAUUUGGUAGAACCUAAAGAAAUCAAAAUCAAUAAUUUAGAAGAUACAAGUUCAAGUGAGGAUGAAGAAGAUAAAAUAGAUGAAAUAAAUAAGAAGAAUGAAAUUAGAUAA